UCGCUACACUACAGAGGCUGAGGCAUGGACGUCUCGUCACUCUCUGCUCUCUUGCGCUCGUCGCCAUUAUUCCUCCUCCUCGCCCUGCUGGUGCCAAUCUUCUCCUCCCUGUUCCUCCUCUCUGCCAAGAAGAAGCUCUCCACGUCCUGCGCCGAUGGCAGCCAGCGGCUGCCUCCGUCGCCGCCGGGUUUUCCCGUCCUCGGCCACCUGCCCCUUCUUGGCUCCCUGCCGCACCGGACGCUCCGGUCGCUGGCCGAGGCGCACGGCCCGGUCAUGCUCCUGCACCUCGGCCGCGUGCCCACCGUCGUGGCCUCCUCCGCGGCCGCGGCGCAGGAGGUCAUGAAGACUCGCGACCUGGCCUUCGCGAGCCGCGCCCAGAUACGCAUGGCCGAGCGGCUCCUCUACGGCCGCGACAUGGUGCUGGCGCCCUACGGCGAGUACUGGCGCCAGGCGCGCCGCGUCUGCGUGGUCCACCUCCUCAACCACCGCCGCAUCCUGUCCUUCCGCCGCGUCCGGGAGCAGGAGGUCGCCGCCCUGCUCGACGGCGUCCGCCGCCGCUCGCUUCACCCGCCGGGCGUACUGAACCUCAGCGACAUGCUCACCUCCUACUCCAACGCCGUCAUCAAGCGGGCCGCGUUCGGCGACGGGGAGUACGGGAUCGACGGCGACGACGGGGGUGAGAAGCUGCGGAAGGUGCUGGACGACUUCGAGGAGCUGCUGGGGACGCCCACGGUGGGGGAGUUCGUGCCGUGGCUGGCAUGGGUGGACACGCUCACGGGGCUGAACGCCAGGGCCACGCGCACGUUCGAGGCGCUGGAUGGGUUGCUCGAGCGGGUCAUCGCGGACCACCGCAAGCGGCGUCUAGACGGCGGGUCAGUGGUGGGCGACGGCGAGGACGAUCGGCGGGACUUCGUGGACGUGCUCUUGGACGUGAGCGAGACGGGAGAGGAGGCCGGCGGAAUCCGGUUCGACGUGGUCAGCAUCAAGGCCAUUAUGCUGGAUAUGUUUGCCGCCGCGACAGACACAACCUACACGACAAUGGAGUGGACCAUGGCGGAGCUCAUCAACCACCCGCGCGUGAUGCAGAAGCUCCAGGACGAGAUCCGCGCGGCCGUCAAUGGCGCCAGCCACGUCACGGGGGACCACCUCGGCACGCUGCGGUACCUGAGGGCCGUGAUCAGGGAGACACUCCGGCUGCACGCGCCCCUGCCGCUCCUCUUGCCCCGGGAGACGCUCGAGGACACGGAGCUGCUGGGCUACCGCGUCCCGGCACGGACGCGCAUGGUGAUCAACGCCUGGGCCAUCGGCCGGGACCCGGAGACGUGGGAGCGCGCUGAGGAGUUUGUGCCGGAGCGGUUCGUGGACGAUCCGGCGGACUAUGGGGCUGGGCAUGACGACUUCAGGGCCGUGCCGUUCGGCGCCGGGAGGAGGGGGUGCCCCGGGGUCGGGUUCGCCGUGCCGUCCAUGGAGCUGGCGCUGGCGAGCCUGCUGCACCAUUUCGACUGGGAGCCGCCGCUGGCGGCCGGCGGGGCAGCGUCGAAGCUGGACUUGAGCGAGCUGUUUGGGAUAUCAGUGCGACUCAAGACGGCGCUGCAUGUGGUUGCUAAGCCGUGGUCUCCUUGAGCGGCGCGCGCGGCUUGCUUGAAGAUGUACUGCUAUACCUUCCAUACUGGUGGUUGUUGUGUCUUCUUGUAUGUACUCCCUCCAUUCCUAAAUAUAAGUUUUUGAAGAGAUUUCACUAAGAACCACAUACGGAUGUAUGUAGAUGCAUUUUAGAGUGUAGAUUCACUCAUUUUGCUCCGUAUGUAGUCCAUAGUGAAAUCUCUACAAAGACUUAUAUUUAGAAACGGAGGGAGUACUAUAUACUGCUUUAAAUGUAUUACUAGAUCAUGUAGGCGCGUGUUGCCGCGUCUGUCCAUUAAAAUUGUAGAAUGUCAAAAACUGAUAAACAUAUAUUUUGAU